GCUCACUUCAUCAGUUGCUGUAAAAAGAUGUGCACAACUAUAUUUAACUGCAGACAGUUCCAGCAGUGCCCUCUCCCUGGGGCCAAACCAUGCAGCCUCCAUGGUUACAGUUCAGAAAAGAGAUGGAAAAAAUGAUCAACACAAGACAGGGCUAGCAGAAAGGCCUCACGAAGAAUCAAACCAAGGAGAGAAGACAGAAAGAAGUUGAACAGGUAGACAUGAUCAAAUAAUAAAGGAAAAAUAUAUGCUCAACUUGUGUGAAUGGGCAUGACUCCUUUUGAAUUUAGUUUACACCAGCUGAGGAUCUGGUUUUGUACUUGAACUGACUUUAAUGGAGUUACUCUUAAUUUACAGCAACGCGAGGAUAAGCAGACCUAUAAUUUCUUUUUGCAUCCUAUUCUAUAAAGGGCAAGAAGGUUUAUUUUGGCUUGAAUGUCUCAUGUACUUAAGGCCUAAUACAAAGCCUAAAGGUUCCCCAUGGUACUUUGGGUCACAUCCUUUAUUAAGCUUCAUCUUCAUAGAUUAUUUAAUGUGUGUAGCAUAGAAAGCUCACAUCCACUGUAAGGUUUAUAAAUUAAUUGCUGUUGCCUGCAUGGUCAGUGCAUAUUAAGAAUAAAAUGUGUGUGUUGGAAGCAGGAACAAGAGUUUAAAAAAAAACAAAUCAACCCACCGCAGGUGUUGUGAGGCAGAAGAGAAUUGCCUGCUCAUGUGUAUUGACAUUACAAUACAAAAAAUCAUACAGUUUGGUAACUCUUCUUGUUGCUAUUUUUCUCACCCCACACCCUCUCCCUCACUUUUAUGUGGGUGUGUGAAAAUGUCGAGCAAGAAACAGAAGAGGACAGAAAAAAAGCAGGGGCUAGUGUUGCUGGUACAUGUUCAUAGAAAUAAGAAGUAGGGCUGGAAAGAACCUCAGGAGAUUAUUCUGUCUUCACGCCUCAGCACUUGAAAGACAACUGUAUUCUACUGGCAGGUGAUGUGAGCACCUUGGUCCUCUAAGACCCAGAGGGACCUGACACUGGAGGAAGAUAGGGCCAGGAUCCAGGACAGCCUUGACAGAGUGGAAUCUCGGGCAGAACGAAAUUGGCUGAAAUUUAACGGGGAUAAGUGCAAGGUCCUUCACAUGGGGCCUGCCAGGUGGCUAACAGAAAAGAUCACAACAGAUUGACACCCAUGGGACACAGAUGCAGCUAUGGAGGAGGCUGGAGGCUGCGAUUAAAACCCUAAGGGGUUUGAGAGGUGCAAUUCCUAGAAACAGAGUGAUACUCCAGCUUUGAAAGUAGCAAAACCACAGCUACAAGACAUUGCAAAGAUCAGCUUUGGGAGGAAAAAUCCUGCAAGAUGUUUACACACAACAAACUGAAGAUCUUUAUAAUGUUUCUGAGCUUUGCCAUCUACAUAAUCAUGGUGGUAUUUAAUGUUGGAGCCGGUACAGGACUCUUCAAAGGUAUAUUCCACAAUAGCGUCGGAAACAUCUCAAACAAGUACAACACGGGCUUCACACCGGCUGGUGGGACCUUCCUCAUUUGGAAUGUUAUCUUCCUCUGGCAGUUUGCUUGGCUGAUUUAUGCACUCUCAGGAAUCUGCAGAAGGAAUGAACUUGGAUGGGUCUAUAUGAAGCCAGAUUUACUGCCGAUAUCCUUUUAUCUGGUGUGGAUACUGAACAACAUCCUUAUUGUUGGAUGGCUCUUCCUGUGGGACCGAGAGUACCUCAUCCCAGCCUUGGUUUUCCUGGCAGCCCUUACUUUGGCCAGUUACCUUUGUCUUUUCAUUUCACACCGAUCCUUGAGUAUUCAUGCUGCUUGGUUCCUAAAGUGUCACAAAGUAGAUCUGUGGCUCAUCCGCAUUCUGGUCCAAAAUGGGAUUGCACUGUAUGCGACGUGGACUACCAUAGCUACCCUGCUGAAUUUUACUGUCGUGCUGGUCUAUGAGGGAAACGUGUCCAAUAAGACUGCAACUACCAUCUCUCUGUGCAUCCUUGCCAUUAAACUACUCAUAUGGUUUUAUGUUGAAAAUUUCCUGCUGGACAAGUAUGUGCGUUAUAACCUCACCAUUUACCCAGUGGUCAUUAUAGCCCUGAUUGGCAGCGUGUGUAAGAACUAUAGCCCUUCACCUCCAAACACCAACAGCAUUUUUCUAGUUGUGCUACUGGUGGCGGCUUGUGUUAUCUUUGUCAUUCGGCUGGGAAUAGUCAUAUGGAGAUGUUGCAAACGGCCUCUAGAACUUCUGGAACUACCAUCGACUUCAGAGUCUACAGAGUGAAAGAGAAAUGGAGACCUUAUGGGGGAUGGUUUCAAAGGCACAAAUGGGAAUUGGGCACCUAGUGUGCACUGGUAUCCUCUCACAGUGCCCCUGCCCUAGUGCCUUUGCAACUCUCCUAUGGAAGAGUGAAUGAAACAAAGAGGAUAUUAAGGACAGUGCCAUGAUUGUAUAUGAGCAUUCAGUAGUCUCUCACUUUCUCCUUCUGCUCUGACCAAUUAUACUUUCCCCAGCACCUUUCACUGGACCACUUUGUGCUUUGUUAAAGGGUAUUUUAACUCUGUACCAGAGGAAGAGACAAAAACAACUCUCACAAAGGUACAGCCUCUAUGGUGACUGGCUUCUGGCACUCGGGCACAGACAGUCUGAAUAGGGCUCUCAACCAACAGGUGCCAGAUCUGCAUAUACAGAUCUAUGCAUAGUUUUACACUGAGGUUUUGGUUUCCCUUGAUAAAAUCAUGGCUCUAAUUAAGUCAUCAGCCAAUGGUGACAGAGGUGGGUAGCUGUGACAGGCCCAGGCCCCAGGGUAGGCACAACAGCUCCUGGUGGCUGCACGGCUCCUGCCCCCUUCUGGCCCCUCAGGGUACCCUCCCCUUCCUCUCAUCUGCUAUGCCUAGAUGAGAUUAUUUGAUUGUAAAAAGGCCCCAGGGUCCCAAAGUGAACAUUCAUCUGUCCUUCAGCCAGCAGGUCCCUCCUGGGCCCAGCUAAUCCCAGGACUCAAGCACUAAGCAGGGCCCUCUUGGCCCUGCCCAUGCCUCAGGGCACCAGUUGUCUUAAUGGCUAUUCAUGGCCUCCUUCCACCCCUACAGACACACCCAGGCCUCACAGAUGUCACUUGGUUGCCAGUUACUCCCUUGUAUAGGCUUUGGCCUUCUUAGCCUUAGCCUAUUGAUUACUCUGGCUGUAGACUGGUAGCCAAGGUCCAGUGCUUCUGGCCUGGCCUUUCAGUCUCAUCCCCUCGAUGGCCUCAAGACACCUGUGUUGCAGGUGCAGCUACAGCUUAACCCCAAAGUGGGGGUUGAGGCCAAGGGCGGCCUCAAGCUGCCUGUGCCUUGCACCCUGCCUCUUGCAGGGCUCAAAACCUAGCAUGUCCCUCAGGCACUCCUGUGGCUUCCUUUCCAUCCCUUGCAGCCACAUCCAGUCCUUCAGUAUAAAACAAAACCAAACCAAAAAAACCCCAUAAGCAGCAACUUCAGAUUCAUAGGCUCCCCUCUGCAUUAUCUGCCAUUAUAGUGCCAAGCUACCUCCCUACUGUCUGGCUGUCUCAGCCCUGGGAGUACCAGGCAUGCUUGCAGUUCUCACUCCUCACCAGCCUGAGCUGGCAGGUGCUUCUCUCCCUGCACAGCCCCAGUGCCUCAGGGGCCCAGGUUUAUAUCCCCUGGCUCCUCCCCUUCCAGUUAGGUGAUCUGCUGCCCAGCCACAGGUGCCCCCCUCAGCCUCCAGGGCAGCUUACUGCUGCUACUGUGGCUACUAUAGCAGUGCCCUAGCUGCCCAAGCAGGGCUCUGCCUUACCAAACUAUUGCUGGGCAGCUAACCCUGCAAUAGGCACUUAUAACAUAUGGGUUCCCUGGCUGCCUACUCCCCUGUAUUCUUCCCCCAUUUGGGCACAUCCCUGCUGCUGCUUUUCCCUUAAAUAAUGGGAGUCCCUAGCUCCCUGUUACAAUAUUGCCACACACUUGACCUGAUUCUGGUCAGGGCCAAGCACCCAGAAGUCCCACUGGAAUCAGUGGUUGCUUGCUUAACUCCUUUCAAAUUCAAGCGCUCCUCCCCUUCCAACGUGGCACAAGAAGAGCUACUCUAACACUUGAGCUUUACUUUUGCAGUAUUGGUUUUAACAUUCUGCAUUCAAUGUGCUUGGAUUGUUAAAGCUACUUCAAAGAUUUUAAGCAUAGGCUUAUCCCAGGCUUAAAGCGAACGAACGUACCUCAGGCAAUGAGGGUCAUAUUCCCAGCUCUGCUAUGGCUUUGCCAAGUGAGUUUAGCUACAUGCAUUAACUAACAUCUUUGUGCCUUGGUUUUCUUCUGCCAGAAAAGGGACUAGAACACCUGGCCUGGUUGCUAUUAUUAGGGUCUGUAAAGCUGUUUGAGAUCCUUAGGUGGGUGGCACUGUAAGAGUCUUUGCAAGGCUGCGCAAAGAUGAGAUCUAUUAACAUAACAUGUUCAUAACAACCAGUGCAAUCUGUGCAGUGAAAAUCCUAUUUCUUUUCUUUCAGAUCUUUUAAAUAAAGCCUGUAGUUGCAGGACUUUCCCAUUA